CACGAAUCUUAUCUCUACUCUCUGAUAGCGCGCGAGUAAAAUCAACUGCACGAGCGUGAUUGGUAGAACCAGAACUCACCACUUCCCCUUUGUUCGCUAGGGGGCGUGGUCAAGGCGCGUGGAUAUGACGUAGUCCUAUCAGAUCGUCUUUCAACUACCACGAAAGAUAGCAAAACCAUUCUAUUACCUCCAAAUACUCUAGAGAAAAAACAGGAGGAAUGUCAAAAAGAUGGUAAAAAUCGCCUGAGAAUGCCAUCUCGCACGAUCUACCUUUGAGCAUUGCAUUAUGACAUCCUGUGAUACGAUGUAUCAAUUCUAUAACCCGUAUUUCUCGCAUAAAACACCGUCAAGCGAUUUUGCGGUGAGUAUGAUAUAAUAAACAGGGAAAGUUUAAAAUAUGAAUAUAUAAAACAAAAUGACGUCUGUGUUUAAAAUCGAAUGGAAUGGACACAUGUUUAUCUUUUAUCCAUGAAACGUGUUGGAAUUUCCGGUAUACAUACCAGUGCAAGGAAAGCAAACAUACCUGAAGGUUCUGUCGAUGUUUCGGGUUAGAAAGAAGUUUGGUACGUCAGGCUUGGCGACAGAGCACCAUCAUAUAGCACCCGGUGGAUCCUACUCACAUAGCUCAGUACCACUUUGUACAGGAAACGAUAGACACGAAGAUUUAGUGGGGGAUCCAGAGUGCCAGCCAAAGUCCUCCCACUACCUCAACCCCAACUGUGUCCUCUUAAGCUAUUUUUCCGGGGACACAUCGGCCGUAGUGGAUGAACACUUUACUCGGGCGCUCAGUCAACCAAGCAGCUUUAAUCUGGACCGAAAUUUUAGCAGUAAUUCAUUUACUGUUAAAUCCAAAGCAGAAAAACCUUUGAUGUGCCAACGAAAGUUUCCUCCGUCAUUUUGGAACAGUGCUUACAAACCCACGGCACCACAAUUAGGGACCGGUACUAAUUUUGACUACUCACGUGAUCCCUAUUUUCCUACAUCCUGGUACUCACUUCAAAAUAACUGGCCAUACAGACUCCCAUCCCACAGCCACGCCGACCUGAGUGGAUCGCUUCCGUACUCCUCGUUUGAUGCCCCGGGAAAGUUUGGAUCCACCUACCAAUCAUUAAUGUUUCCUGGAAGUUAUGACACAAGACAAUCUAAAUUUGACUUUGCUAAAAAUAUGGAAUCUCUAGCGGGAACAAGUGGGUAUUAUGGAUUGUCCAGAUUAGGAAUGGAUUUUUCUUCCAAAGGAAACGUGGAUCCGCCUGUCAGUGGGCUGGAAUACCAACUACAGACGGCCAGACGCGAGUUGUGUUGGUGACAUACUAAGGCGGCUCCAGAAAACAGAGAUAUCCAGGAAGUGAUCAAUGAGAACAAAUUGACGUGCAUAUCCCCACGUCUAAAAUUUAUACCAUUAUCAAUGAGCACGAUAAAUUCGUUGAAGUUUUCAGUUUUGAUUAAUGUAUUAGGCAGAAUCGGACAUCUCACACCGGUGGCUGGUCAUUGGGUGCUCACGUAUAUUCACAUUAUGUCUCUUAGAGGUUUAUCAUUCAUAUUCUUCAAUAGUAUUCAUUGUCAUUUUAUCUUGCAUACUUAUUUACAAAGAUUGUACAAUCUGCUACAAGUUGUUACAAUGUACAUUAAACUGUAAUAUGCGUGAAAAA